GCAAUUGUGCAUUAUUAAACAGAUAAAAAUAUAAAUGUCUUUAUAAACAGAUUAUGUUGAACAUUAUCUGCGUGGUGCUUCCUGUCCAACCCUCAGACCGUCAGAGAUCACAACCUCCUGUGAGAGUGAAGUCCAUCUGCAGAGCGCUGCUGAUCUGACCCUGGUGACUCCACUCGAUCAGGAUUGACUGAGAAAACUGCAAACUUUGUGUUUUUUCUACAAGGAACAGCUUAUGCACAAGGUUUUUUAUGCACAAAAAGCCUUUUUCUUCCUGUAUGAAUGAUUCUGAGGAAAGCUGCUUGGAGCUUGUGGAGGUAAAGGGAAACUCCCUGAAUGGACUAUAAGCUGUUACCUUCCCAUGAUGGCUGUCACAGCUCGGCUCGGUUUGGAAAUGCUCUUAACUCUGACUGUGGGGCUGAUUUUGGGUUCAGAGGCAAAGCAACACAUGGAGUUUACUUUCAUUUUACCUGCUGGCAGCACAGAGUGCUUUUUCCAGUCAACCACAAGGAAUGACAGCAUGGAAGUAGAAUACCAGGUGAUAGCAGGGUCAGGUCUGGAUGUUGGCUUUGUCCUCGUCUCACCCAGCGGACACCGACUGAUCUCCGACUUUCGGAACUCUCACGGCAUCCACACGGUGGACCCAGCAGAAGAUGGAGACUACAGGUUGUGUUUUGACAACAGCUUCAGUAAACUAUCAGAGAAAAUGGUGUUUUUUGAGGUGGUUGUGAACAGUCAGAGCGACGCAGGAGGAGCCCGAGAAGACUGGGAGGACUUCGCAGUGACAGACAGCACAGUGGACUACAGACUGGAGGACAUCAGGGUGAGCGGUCAUACAUUUCUUCAUCUCAUUUUAUAUCUUGGUCCUUAUUAUCCUUCUCCCCAGUCAAGAAUGGAAUCAGUUUAUAGACAUCUGGAGAAGAGCCGGCAGGUCCAGGCUCUGCUGCGGGCCUUUGAGUCCAGAGACCGCUACCUUCUGGAAGACAACCUGUGGCGAGUGUCCUUCUGGUCCUGCAUCAACCUUUUUGUCCUGCUUACUGUUGCUGUUGUUCAAAUAUACACUCUGCAGCGCCUCUUUGACAACAAGCGAGUUCGCACAUAAAACUUGUUUUCACCAUAAACAUGGGAAUUUGAAUUAUAUGUAUAGUUUAAGAGAACCUUUUUGAGUUUUAUGGAUUCAUGUGAACUCAACACAAAAUACUUGAAGCUGUAUUUGUAAAUGUCGCUACAAAUUCUGAAAAUGCAAAAAAUGGUUUAUACUUUGUUCUUUAUUAAAGCUUAAAUGCUCAGAGCUCUUGGCAAUUUUUUAAACAGUGUUAAUAAAUCAGCAGCUAAAACACAUGAAACCCUAAUUCUGACAUUAAUUCUGAUCUAAAUCCCUUUCUGAAGCAAAUCCUGGUAAAAAAGCAGACAUAUUUUCACCCAUUUUCUUUUUUUUUUAAGAAACAGAAACUAUAGUUAUUUCAUUCACAACACAUGGCUGUUAUUUUUUGAUAUUGCACAUUUUAGCAAAAUUAUAUCCCUUUAUUUAGAACUCUUAAGGCAUAUUUUGUGUAUCAUGAAAACAAAAUAGUAAAAGUUACAUAUUUUACCUGUAUUUUUUUUUUGUUAGAUUUUUUCUUAAUCACCAACUUGUCAGUAAUGGCAAUUGCUUAGAGGUAUCUACAAUUUAUUUGCUCACACUAGUUUAAAAACAAACAUUUUUAAAGAAUUAGAACAUUUUCUUUAGUGUUUUCUCUCUUGCCUCGUCACAAAGUGGCAGGUGUGUAACAGUAAUAUAUUAUUUAAAGUUUUGGCUUUUUUUUCCUGACGAUCAUAAACGCCGCUCUUCUGCGUUCAUUGCUGCCGUGGACGGAAGUCGGACGGUCUGCGUGCCGGUCAGGAUCACCACUGGUUUGGACGUGGAGGUGGUCGCCUGUUUGAAAACAAUCAACCAGCGUUAAUCUCUCAAUGAACUCUUAGUCCAAUCGACCUGUAAUCCUAAAGGGCUCAGCUAUCUGUAAAUAAAAAAUACUGAAUUAGCAUGAACAUAAAACCUAUGGGUAAAGUCGAUCGCAGUGGACUUUUGUGGAAGAUCUACAACUAAAUUGUUCUUUAAAUAAAAAAAUACUUGAAAUAAGCAAAAUCUGUUAUAAAACUUGAAUUUAAAAUGUCUUGUACUUUGUAAAACUGACUGAAUGUCGCUAACAGGCCUAACAGAGUUAGUUUAUAUAUGAACAAAGAGAAGGGGGGAAAACUAAACCGCUCUACACCCUCUGGGACAGAAAGGAAAGAAAGUGCACACAGACACAAAGAGACACCAACCACCACGGCCACUCCCUUUAUUGUAGACAACACCUCUUUAUUUUCUAAAUCAGUUCAAUAUAUUUAUUCAAAUCAAUUAACUGGUGCAGAGGCACUUGACAAGGGUUUGCAAAACAAAGGGACUUUUGCAAGUUGGUUUCCAGCCCCUUCUUCCGUAUUCAGAGAGGGGAGGGAAACGUGCACAAGGAGACCCCACAGCCUAACGUUAGCCAGACACAUCUCCAGUGGAGGCAAGCUCAGGUGACAGGCACUAAAGAGUUCCAGACAAAAACCCGCCUGGGCUCAGAAAUUUCUGGAUUGAAGAGCAUCGAAUUUCAAUUUUCCAAACUGUUUUCCCAAAGAUUGAGCUACUCUUUCUGGCACUGUCACGGAAAGCAAGACCUGGAGGAAAUGGUAAAAAUGGAAAGCACAUUCUGUCGAGAGCUGACUGGACGUCUGAAUGGUUUGACCCAAUUCCCCCCAUAUUUUAUCAUCACAUAAUGUGAUCCUUGAAUAGAGUUCCUCCAGAAAGAAUGUGCAUUUAUUUAUGACGGCUACAAACCAAACAGCAAGUAUCCCAACCCCACUUCCACUAUGAAAAAGAAAAACAAAAAAA